CUGCUGUAGGCCUCGGAGUACGUGGUAGCAUUGCGGUGAGGGCCAAGGAUAGGACCUGGUGGCAGUUUAACUGAUCCAAGGGUUCCGUUUAUGGAACACGUGGAGGAUCUCGGUUGCUCGGUAGUGUAGCGUGGUUCCCGGCUGUUUGGUAGUAUACUUGCAAAACUGUUUGCACAGAUUCCACGACAAAGAAUGGGUCAGCGCACAAUGAAGAGCGAACACUUCAGCAACAGGAGUGUGCCGGGCCAGCUCAAAAGAACAUCUUCCUGUCUAAAUCUCCCUGCUCGUUAAGGAACGAAAAAGACUGCCGUUUGUCGGUCGGACAGUCCAGGAGCAUCGCCACAGUUGUGGCUCCCGGCGCUUCUUGGAACAGAAGAUGUUUGAAAUUUCACUCUGGGUCUCUUCAUCUUCAUGCCCUGGCCGGCCUCGUCCCCUGCUCUGGCGCAGUUGUAGAUCACUGUUCGUCUCGUGUCUCUGAGCUUCUCCCACUCCAGAGCAGAAUUCUACAAUUGCGGAGAUCGUGGAACUGAGCUUCUCAGACCUGAUGCGACAGUCAGAGUAAUUCAAGCUGCAAUAAUGCAAGAUGAUGCGACGUUGAUGAUGAAUGGAUAAUAUGCUUUGAGCCACGGACCAGGAGAACAACAUCAUCACUAUGAAGCGGGCUCAGUGAAGGAAAAAGUACAAUUCUCGCAGCUAAGAUGUCGAAAAUGGGCUCCGAGGAAGCUAAAUACAGCUCGGUAACCGGAUCUGAAGAAAAGCUGGACCAGCAGGAGCAGGCAAAAUCUGAGAUGCAGCAGAAGAGGUCUCCCUUCGAUGGAGUGGAGUCCGAAACUGGCAAACUCUUGGAUGACGACGGGAGGCCCAUGCGCACAGGAAACACUUGGACCGCUACAGCUCACAUCAUCACUGCUGUUAUCGGGUCCGGAGUGCUAUCGCUGUCGUGGAGCUUCGCGCAGAUGGGAUGGAUUGCAGGGCCCCUGGUGCUCUUCAGCUUUGCGCUCUGUACGUGGUACACGUCCAGGCUCUUGGCCGACUGUUACCGGUAUCCCCACCCGGUCACCGGCAGACGGAACUACAUCUACAUGGAUGCGGUUAAAGUUAACGUCUCAGCUCGGUCCCAUUUGAUCUGCGGUAUCAUGCAGUACAGCAACCUCGUCGGUACCUCCAUCGGCUACACCAUCGCCACGGCCACCAGUGCAGUAGCAGUGCAAAAGUCAAAUUGCUAUCACUCGCAUGGCCGCGACUCACCGUGCUUGGCCUCCACCACAUCUUACAUUGCAGUGUUCGGUGUCAUCCAGAUUUUCCUGUCACAAAUCCCAAAUUUUGGGGACCUAUGGUGGCUUUCGUAUGUUGCCGCAAUCAUGUCCUUCACAUACGCCACCAUUGGUCUUGGACUCGGCAUUUCUAAAGCUGCCGAGGGUGGCCAUUCAUACGGCAGCGUAGGUGGAGUACGAAUCGGCACAGAUGUGACUGAAGCUCAAAAAGUGUGGAACAUCUUUGCGGCUUUAGGAAAUAUGGCAUUUGCUUACUCCUUCUCCAUGAUUCUAAUUGAAAUUGAGGACACUAUCCGAAGUCCUCCGGCUGAAAACAAGCAGAUGAAAAAAGCCACCUUGUGGGGCACCUCUGUCACAACAGCUUUCUACAUGUCCGUGGCCAUUGCUGGUUACUUGGCAUUUGGUGAUGCUGCACCCGGCAAUCUAUUGACUGGAUUCUUUAGCCCAUAUUGGCUGGUGGAUUUUGCAAACGUAUGCAUCGUCAUCCAUCUGAUUGGAGCAUAUCAGGUGUACACUCAACCUGUGUACCAAUUUGCGGAGAGGUGGGUAGCGAGAAGGUGGAGCAAAAGAAGCUUUCACAGCAGAGGUUACACCGUCAGGCUUCCUGGAGGGUCCAACUUCAGACUAAACUGGUUUCGUUUGACCUGGAGAACAAUAUACGUGAUCAUCACCACAAUCAUUUCCAUGUUAUUACCCUUCUUCAAUGCCGUUCUAGGUAUCAUUGGAGCCCUUGCUUUCUGGCCACUGACAGUUUACUAUCCUGUCGUCAUGUACAUGAACCAGCACAAGAUCCCCCGCUGGAGCCCGACCUGGAUAGCUCUUCAUAGUCUCAGUUUUGUGACCUUCCUCGUCUCGCUGGCUGGUCUGAUCGGAUCUGUGGCAGGCAUUGUUAACGAUUUGUCGCAGGUUAAACCGUUCGAGAAAAUUUAAUCUCGACUCAGGCAGAUGUCAUUGCUGUACGAGUGAAUGUGUAGACUGAUUUGCAAAUAUGGUCAGCGACACAGCUGGACCGCAAGGUGCAGGAAGGGAAGUAUACAUCACUCGCAGGUGGUAUAACCUCCGCCAUCGAAGCAUCCGUGCAAGGAACCAGAAGACUUGCCACAUGGUUAUGGAGGACGGUACAUCAGGUUCAUGCGCUGGUGUCUUGUACAGUGAGAUUAGACGCUGUAUAAAUUAAGCUCUCGGUGCUCUCGCCAGUAUAUUCCUUGUCUUUCUACCGAGUUGGCAGCAUCAAUAAACGAAAGAAAAAUCCACGAGAACAAAGGCCAUAUCGAGCUGUCGGUAAAUUAUCUUGAAGUCUCUCUAGCGGAAAUCUGAACUCCUACAUGAGUUUCAUGGUUGCAGUCUUUCACUCUUACUCGCCCAUGGCUUGUUGCAAAUGAAGAUAUCGAUGAAUGAAUUUUCGGAAUGUAGCUACCAGAUCUUCGUGAGUUACGGG